UACUAUAGUACUAGCUCAUUAAAUUAAAUAAUAAAAAGUAUCAGAAAAGCAGACGACAAAAUAAAAUAGGGAAAACAAGAGGGCCGAGGGGACUUCAACUCUAGGCAAAAUUACGCACAAGGAAGAAGAAAUAUAGAGGAAGAGCGAGAGCUCAACCACCGGCUUGAUUUCUCGGGUACAGUUUCCUGGUUUACUUUGAUUUCCCAGGUGACUGAUUCUGUCCCCUUUACAUCAAUUGCUGAUUUUAUUUUGUGUUUCUGAUCAUUGCUUAACCACUGCACAUAUGCCUCUUCUUUUCAAUUAUCUGCUUUGAUUAUCAACUCCGAUAGCUUAUAAUUUGUUGUAACCUCGUUCGUGUUCUUCAUCAGUUUACUCGAUUGUUGUUACCCAAGACAUGAUGGGUCUUGGAUCUUAUGAUGGUGGAGGAUUUCCACCUUCGUCAUCUUCAAAUUUAUCAGCUUUAGCUCCAUCUUUUACGGUUGAUCAAUUCCUACCAAAACUCACUUCAACCCCACUUUUGGAUUUGACUCAACCUCCCUAUACCGCUCCCGUCUAUCCUUCUGUGCAUGAUUGGAUGGCUUCUCAACACACUCCCUAUUCAAGACCCGACCUUUUCACCAACCCCAGCUCCGCAUUCGAUUCAACCCCCUCAUCCUAUCCUUAUACAUAUCCAGGAUCGCAGGUAUAUGACACAUUCAGUGCUUAUGCGAACUCUCUGUACCCUGCUUCGUCCAAUGCAUUAUUGUUUGACCAAGGUUCCACUAUAUCUAUUGAAGCCAAACCACAUUAUCCCUCCUAUGGAUCGCCCGAAAUCCAUAACUAUAGUCCCUCUGUCUCCCACCAUUUGCAUAGUUAUGACUUGCUGUCUGCUUCUCCCGUUGGUAACAUGGACAGGCAUGAUCACUAUGCUCAAAGUUUGCCCAAGACAAAAUUUAUGCAAGUACCAUUCCGAGAUGGCUCUUGGGAGGGAUUAGUGGAUUUGAACCAUGGUGAGCUGGGAGGACUCUAUGGGGGUAUCUCAAAAGAGAUGAAUUUAUCUGGUUCAACCUUUUAUGAGGAUCAUAUGAAGCAAGUAGUACAUGCAUCCGAGGGCAAGAAAAGUUGUCAAUUUGCCCAUGGCAGUAAUAUUCAUGGUGCAGUGAAGGAGAAGCAGAUUGAGUCUGCAAGUACUGAACAACGUGAAGAUAAAUCCUUCCUUGGAAAACAUCCCGUGUUCAUGCCCGUGGAUCAUUCAGCAGAAUCAAUCUCAGGAUUCACUUCGCUACUUCCUGAAAAUUAUCCUCAGGCACCUUCUUUUGCUGUUAAUUCUUGGAACUACAAAAUGCAAAACACUGAUUCAUUUACAGAAUUCAUGGGACAGCAUGAUACUCAUCUUAAUAAUGAUACAUCAGUCAUGAAAUCAUUCCCUGGUCUCUUUGUUAGGCCUUCAGGUAUUAGCAGCUAUCCUAUAGCCCAGAUUCCUGAUUCGCCUAAAAAUGUGAAUAUUGGUGCAGCUCAUAUAGAAGUUGCUAGCAAUGAUCCCUCAAUUGUGAAAGAGCCCUAUCCCUUUGUGAAACCUGAACUCAAAGCCCAUAAUAAUGCUCAACCACUCUGGUCUUAUCUGAAACAAAAUAACCAGAGCUAUGCAGAAUCUUCCUCGGCUAAAGAACUUGAGCCAAGCAACUAUUCUGAUUCGAAGGAGGAUUUCCUUCAUUCUUUCAGUGCAGAAUCUGGAGUUCAAAAUUUUAAUAUAUUUAAAGAUGGAUCUGAUAUGACAAUUGAUGAUAGAAAAUCCAUUAAUGCUGUUGCUCAUAGUUCUUCUGAGAGUUUGGAUCCUUACAAUCCUGUUGUGGACUCUCCAUGCUGGAAAGGAGAUUCACUUUCUAGUUUCUCUCUCCUUGACACUUCUGAGGCUAUCUCUAAAAAGCGUAAGGAAGAAAUAGGCGGAUGCAAAGGUUCUGAUCUUCAAGGGCCUAAAACACUCCUUCCCGGUGCUGAUGAUGCUGGGAAUUCCUUUUCUCAUAGAUCAACUAAAAGAUCAGUGUGCCGCGAAAAUGAAAAUUCCAGAAAUUGCUUAGCAUAUUCUCUUAAUGGGCAUUCAGAUGUUAGUUUGCUCUUUACUGAGCGUGGUAUUGCUGAUGCUGUGAAAGAUAAUUCCACCCAUACAAAACCAAGCUGUGCCCAUACACAACAAUGUUUUGAGGACACCAGUGAACCAAGAAAAGAAUUUCUCCUGUCCAGCAAGUCAGUAGAUGAUUCUGAUUACAUGUCUACCGACCUCAUGCAUCAUGGACCUGAAAAUAUUAAAUUGACACCUGAAAUACAUGCACCAGCUGAUGUUGCAAAUGAUGAGAUGCUUAUUGUUGAUACUAGAGAAGACAAUGGUUCGUCUCAUGUGGCAUUACAUGCUUCGGAGCAUGUCUCGUGUUCGACUUUUUCUGUGGCAAACGCUUCUUCUGGGCUUAAGCUUCCCAGACCAUGUGGUGAAGAAUCACAUAAGGAGCUGUAUGCCCAGAAACUGGUCAAUUCUAUGGUUAAUUUUUCAGAAUUACUACUGCUGCACUGUUCAAUUGAUGCAUGUCAUCUGAGGGAACAACAUCACAAGGCCCUCAAAACUGUGAUGAACAACCUUGGUAAGUGUAUACCAAAAAAUGCUCAGCUCAUGGAGUCCACUGGAGAAUCGAUGGUUACUGAGCAAGCCACUUCUAAAUUUCUUGCAGAGCUGCCUGAGCUUCACAAGGGGAUAAGUGUGGAGAUGCCAAUGGUUUUAGAGGCAACUGCUACUGUAACGAGUCAGCUUGACCCUCAACAUAUUCAAAAGGAAGAGAAAAGCUACUUUAUGCCUAAUAAGAAAGAAGGGAAACACUCGGAUUUUGUUUCUGCUAGGGGUGAUGCUGAUGUGGCAAAUCAUGUUACCAUGACCCAGGCUAUAAAGAAGGUCCUUAGUGAGAGUUUUCAUGAACAGGAAGGGAAGGACCAGCAAGUUCUCUUAUAUAAGAAUCUGUGGCUUGAGGCGGAGGCUUCAUUAUGUUCCCUUAAUUGUAUAUCCCGCUUUAAUCGCAUUAAAACUGAGAUGGAGAAAUGCAACUCUCAUGAAGCAAAAGAAAAUGCAUGCACGGGGAAAUUGCCAAAUUAUCAGGUUUAUCUUGAUCCAGCUACCAUUAAUACUUCAGCACCUCAGGCUCAGGAUGGCCCGGCAAUGAAUCAUUCCCAUGUCAUUAGCACACGUAGCCAUGCAGAUGAUGUUAUGGCUAGAUAUUUCACCUUAAAAUCCCGAAAUGGCCACCCUGAUUCCAUGAAAAUCCCCUAUGAGAGAGAAUCAAGCUCUCAGGAUUCCCAACAUUUGAACAUUAUCGACAAACUGGCUUCUGAAGUUAAAGGUGCUACAAGCAACUCUGCAGAUGAUAUUCUUGCCAGAUUCCGAAUCAUAAAAUCCCAAGUUGAAAAGUCUAAUUCUAUGAACAUCACAGGCAUAGAAAAACUAUCAAGCUCUGUUGGUUCUCCUAUUCUGAACGAGUUUAGUCAUGGUGGACUGGAGGUGAAGGAUAGCCUGGGCUCAGCUAUAUCCAUCAAGGGUUCUCCCAUUCCUAGCCAGACCAGCCAUGAAGAUGAUGACGAGGCUUCUGUUAUGUCCAGAUUUCAUCUUCUGAAAUGUCGUGUUGACAAUUCGAGUUCCAUGGACAUGGAAAAGACGCAUAUUCCCAAUACCAUUGAUCUGCAAUAUGAAAAUGUGAGAAAGCAUUGGCCAUUUAUUAAAGACAUGUCUGAUGGAGAAACUGAACCAGUAUCGCAGGAAUAUGCGGAUGCCACUUUUACUGAAGACUUGUCAACUUCAAAAGGGUUAUCUCUACAGGUCAGGGAUGACCCUGUUAUUCAACCUUCUAGGACAAGUUUGCUCGGAGAUCAACUUUGUCAGGCUUGGUAUGAUGGCUGUUCAUCAGAUUGGGAACUUGUAUCGAAAGAGUGCCCUGCAUGCCUGCACAAUUGAACCUCGCAUUGCUUCCUGGAUGCUCCUUAGCUUGCGAAUGGUGCAUCUUUCGAAUAAAUGGUAUGUAUAUGAGACUGGGACAGUCAUGGUGCAUUACAGUGCUCCACAACUCUUUGAAUUUGUAAAGAUGUUUUAAACUUGAUUUUUGUUUAUGCUUGUAUCAAUUAUUACAGCUCGCCCUCCUUGAAUGCACCAACCCCUACAGAUUCAAUA